CAUAGUGGGUGGGACUCAGUACAGAGCUACUUUCCCAGACAAGGUUUGAAGUAAUUUUCCUACAUCCCCACUGAAGCAAAAAGACUGAAAGCAGCCAAGGAAGACUUCCCAAGCCACGGACACCUGCAGGGGAAAGGGAAUCUUCUAAAACCCAGAGACCCGGACGGACUUGGGGGUGACCUCACCAUGAAAAUAUAUGAGGGGAAAGGCUGCUGGAAGUGGUGCAUUUGUCCUGUAAGCACAGAUGCCCAGCAAUAACCCUGACAGGAAAAAAAAAAAAAAGGUAUCUACAGAGGCACCUCAGUCUCUAGAGCCCUUGAUCAGAUAACAGCUUCUAUUGGUCAGCCCCAAGUAGGAAGUACAGCUCACCGGAAGGAAAUCUGCAGAUCAGAGAGACGUGGCCAGCACCAUGUUCUGUACAAAGCUGAAGGAGCUCAAGAUCACAGGGGAGUGCCCUUUCUCCCUGCUGGCUCCUGGGCAGGUUCCUAAAGAGUCCUCAGAGGAGGUAGCUGGAGGCUCAGACACCUGCCAAGCACAUCUUCCCAUCUGCCAGGACCUUCCUGAGAAGACCUUGCAAGGAAACCGUCCUCAAAGGAAGACCAGCAGGAGCCGAGUUUAUCUUCAUACUUUGGCGGAAAGUAUUUGUAAACUGAUUUUCCCAGAGUUCGAGCGCCUGAACCUUGCUCUUCAGAGAACAUUGAGUAAACACAAUAUAAAGGAAAGCAGAAAAUUCUUGGAAAGAGAAGACUUCGAAAAAAUAAUUUCAGAUCAAGCAAUGACAGCAGGAGUUGCAGUGGAACUCAUCAAAGAGUCUCUCGGGGAAGAGCUGUUUAAAAUCUGCUAUGAAGAAGAUGAACAUAUCCUGGGUGUUGUUGGUGGAACUCUCAAAGAUUUCUUAAAUAGCUUCAGCACCCUCCUGAAGCAGAGCAGCCACUGCCAAGAAGCAGAAAAGAAAGGCAGGCUUGAGGAUGCCUCCAUCUUAUGCCUGGAUAAAGAUGAUGAUUUCUUACAUGUCUACUAUUUCUUCCCUAAGAAAAUCACAUCCCUGGUCCUUCCAGGCAUCAUCAAGGCAGCCGCGAACAUCCUAUAUGAAACUGAAGUGGAAGUCUCACUUGUGCCUCCCUGCUUUCGCAAUGACUGUGAGUUCGUCAACCAGCCAUAUUUGUUCUACUCAGUUCACAUCAAAAGCAGCAAACCAUCCCUGUCCCCUGGCAAACCCCAGUCCUCGCUGGUUAUUCCUGUUUCUCUCUUCUGUAAGACAUUUCCAUUCCAUUUCAUGUUUGACAAAGAGAUGACAAUCCUGCAGUUUGGCAAUGGAAUCAGGAGACUAAUGAACAGGAGAGACUUUCAAGGGAAACCUAGUUUUGAAGAAUACUUUGAAAUUCUGACUCCCAAAAUCAGCCAGACCUUUAGUGGGAUCUUGACUAUGUUGAAUAUGCAGUUCAUUGUCCGAGUGAGGAGAUGGGACAACUCUGUGAAGAAAUCUGCAAGGGUUAUGGACCUCAAAGGCCAAAUGAUCUACAUUGUUGAGUCCAGCGCCAUCUUGUUCCUGGGGUCGCCCUGCGUAGACAGAUUAGAAGAUUUCACAGGCCGAGGGCUCUACCUCUCAGACAUCCCCAUUCACAACGCAUUGCGGGAUGUGGUCUUGAUAGGGGAGCAAGCCAGAGCUCAGGAUGGGCUGAAGAAGAGGCUGGGCAAGCUGAAGGCCACCCUGGAGCAGGCCCACCAAGCCCUGGAGGAAGAGAAGAAGAAGACCGUGGACCUGCUGUGCUCCAUUUUUCCCAGUGAGGUGGCGCAGCAGCUGUGGCAGGGGCAGGUCGUGCAAGCCAAGAAGUUCAGCAACGUCACUAUGCUUUUCUCCGACAUUGUGGGCUUCACGGCCAUCUGCUCUCAGUGCUCCCCGCUGCAGGUCAUCACCAUGCUCAAUGCGCUCUACACCCGCUUUGACCAGCAGUGCGGGGAGCUGGAUGUCUACAAGGUGGAGACCAUUGGUGACGCAUAUUGUGUGGCUGGGGGAUUGCACAGAGAAAGUGACACCCAUGCUGUCCAGAUAGCACUGAUGGCCUUGAAGAUGAUGGAGCUCUCUGAUGAAGUCAUGUCUCCCCAUGGAGAACCCAUCAAGAUGCGAAUCGGACUACAUUCUGGGUCAGUUUUUGCUGGAGUUGUAGGAGUUAAGAUGCCUCGUUACUGCCUCUUUGGAAACAAUGUCACCUUGGCUAACAAAUUUGAGUCUUGCAGUGUCCCGCGGAAAAUCAACGUCAGCCCAACGACCUACAGAUUACUCAAAGACUGCCCUGGUUUUGUGUUUACCCCUCGGUCAAGGGAAGAUCUUCCACCAAACUUCCCCAGUGAAAUUCCUGGAAUCUGUCAUUUUCUGGAAGCUUAUCAACAGGGAACAAAUUCCAGACCGUGGUUCCAACAGAAAGAUGUUGAAGAUGGCAAUGCCAAUUUUUUAGGCAAAGCAUCAGGAAUAGAUUAGUGAGAUGAAGAAAUAGUUGAUUAGUAGGCUUUGGAGUCUGACUUCUUUGUGCAUAUGAGGAACCUCUGAAGGCACUUUAAGACAGCAGAUAGAUGUCUAAAGAGCAGUAUUACAAUUUCAGGAGCUAAGUCACCAUCUAUUUCUUCCAUUUGUCAUGGCAAAAAUCCAUCCACUCCAAUACUUUAAUGCUUCAAUGAAAAAAAAAGAAAGAAACUUCAAAAGUGAUUUUAGAGUGAUGCUUCUAUCAUAUAGCUGCAUUUAUAACUCAGCACACUGUACAUAUGUGAGGUAGUUGUGGUCACCUGUACAACCUGAUGGAAUUGCCUGCAAUCUUGUCCUUUGAUAAAUGUUAUGGCUAUUCAAGUGUAUUUGUGAUAGUGUUGCCUUAAAAUAGCUUUUCCAGUGAAAAUGAUAGUCUUUGGCACUACAAGCUCUUUUGACCUUUUACUGUUUCAGCUCUGCUUUUUCUUAAGUCUCCUCAUUUAACUGUUAGUAUAAUAUAACAAAAUGGACACUUUCUCUUUCUGUUGCACUUUUGUUUCUAGAAAGUAAGUAACUUGUGUUAGAUGUAAUAGGAACAUGAACUAGUUCCUAUGUAAAUAUCGAAGAGUAUUUUAUAAAAGUAUUCUCCAAAACAGAAUGUGUCCUCACGAUACUUGUUUUCUUUGGUUUGAACAUACUUUGAUUCAGCAGAUGAUAAAGGGUACUUAGUUCAUAAUAUUCAUUUAAUUUCUGUUAAUUCAUUUCAGUAUCAAAAUGUUCAGGAUGAGUCUUCUAGCCCAUAUAUGCAAUAAUAAGAUCACAGUAAUUUAAUUUAACCAGAAGCAACACACACACACACACACAAACACACACACACACACACACACACACACACUGUCAUUUUGGUCUGUUUGAACAGAUAUUCUCCAUUGCCAUACUGAGCCAUUCAAAAAUCCAACAACAAAAUUAAGUGGAAACUUUUAAUGUUCAUGGAUAGCUUCUGUUUUUUUGUGUGUGUAUUGAACACUUUGAUAUGUGUGUAUGUCCUAAAUAUGGAGUUUUUGUCAUUACAAGUACACAGCUGUGAUUUUUUUUCUUCUAGGCCAAAUAUCUCAAUGAGCAUUCUUAAUGAGAAUAUUAGUGUCUGGGGGUUGGGGAGAAAUAAUGAAGUUGUGUUUUACCUAUGGAAAUUUCUAAACAUUUUUAUUUCUGGAAUUGGAACUUUUUCUUUUAACAAGGGUAAACUAAAUAAACUGCAGAGCUGAGUUUGAGUUAUGUACUUGCUUUUUAAAAAUUCAGCUACAUAACAGGAUCAUGGCUUUUAAAUCUGUAUUUCUAAAGCCAUUUACUACAUUGAACUCUUACUGAAAUAAAAAAAAAAGAAACUAAAUUCAAAAGUCUCUA